AUGGCUAUAAUGCUGCUCUGCCUUCUACAGCUUGCUGCACCACUCUGUAGUUACUCUGUAACUAUACGUUUCUAUCUUUUUUGGUUAAACACUCCAUGAUGAUGAUGCUAUACAUAUAUCCAUAUUGUACACAUUGUUACAUGUGUAAGGGAUUUCCCUUCACACUAUUUUGUGGGCUUGGCAAAUUGUAAUGUAACAUCCACUUCACAGUUCUCUGGUAUAAGACUAAGUUCACUAUUUUAGUAAUGAACCCAAA